UGUUCGUGGGCUGAGCUGCAAUAAUCUGAAAUUGCCUUCUGCUUGUUCGUUCGUGGGUUGAGGCUUUGUUAUCUGAAAGCUGACUGCUUCUUUGAGCUGCAAUAAUCUGAAAUUGCCUUCUGCUUGUUCGUUCGUGGGUUGAGGCUUUGUUAUCUGAAAGCUGACUGCUUCUUUGAGCUACAAUAAUCUGAAAUUGCCUUCUGCUUGUUCGUUCGUGGGCUGAGCCUUUGUUAUCUGAAAGCUGACUGCUUCUUUGAGCUGCAAUAAUCUGAAAGCUGACUGCUUCUUCGUUGAGUGCUUGUUCGUUAUUCUUCGCUGAUUGCUUGUUCUGCGAUUUUUUAAAGCUGAAACUCGUGACUGUGAUUGUGGUCGGUGUCUGCCCUUGUACUAAUGCAUGUCUGUUCUUAUGGGAAAUUUCAAGCAAAACAAGCUUCAGAUAUGUCGCUUUCCUCAUGUACGAAUCGGUAUGUAUAUUUGGAAUCUAUGUUUUAUUUGAGAUAAGCCAUAAUCAACAAGCAAAAAGAUUUCUGCUCUGAAUUAUGUGUUUUUUGCAAGAAAUUUACCGUAUAAAAAUGCAUCCAAGCUUUUGUUCGGCAUGAACUCAUAGACCAGUAUUUUCUCUUCUCUCUCAACACAGCAGCCUAGGAGUCAAACUAGAUUUCGGUGCUGAACUUUCGAAAUUACAACCAUCUCAUUCAUAAAUUCUUCGAGCUCUUUGUCUGAAGCUCUGGAUAGUCUCUUACUGUGUGUUUGAUAACUUGCUAUAAGGCUCGAUUGUUCAUGUGUUUUUGCUGGUUUGAAAGCAUAUGUUAUGCUGAGACAUUGUCUGACUUAACGAUCUGCAAGUCAGUGCAAUUUCAGUUUGCAAGCUUCAGUCUGAGGACUUUCAUUGUGCUGUGGUAUGGGGUUAUAUUACUUGCUAAAAUCGUGCGCAGAUUGUGAUUAAUUUGUUGCGAGAAACACCUUCGAAGUUCGUAUUUAUUUGUAACCCUCAAAGCUGAUUGUACCUCUUUAAACACUGAAAUAGGCUCUUGGAUAUACGCAUGAUGGCAUUCAGUAUAAGUGCUCUGUUGCUGCAUUGUCUUUCUGAUGCAAGCACUAGUUUUUUGGCUGUUAUUCAUUUAGUUUUGCAUGUUAUUUGUUGAGGUUUUGCAACAGCAACUGCAUGCAGCAUGGCGUAAAAAGGUGAAAAUAUCACCGAAUGGAGUGAUGAAAUGGAUGUCGCUUUCCUAAACGUACUGCUUGAGAUGAAGAGAAGAACACACACUACAACAUGGAAGACUAGCACUUGGAAAGAGAUCACACAGGAAAUGAUCAACCUUUUUCCCGAAAAGCAUCUGUUCUUGCAGAAGGUGAAGGACAAGUAUCAAAGAAUGAAGACAAAUUUCACCCGAUUUUCUGAAAUAUUAAAGCAUACAGGCGUCGGAUGGGAUGCUGACACAAACACCAUCACCGCCGACUCAGAUGUUUGGGAUAUGUUUAUAAAGAAGAAUAGGGCAUACAAGACUUUUCGGAGUAAGGGAUGCAAGUACUACGAUAUGCAAAAGCAACUGUUUAGUUCUUUCGUGGCCACCGGUGUUCUUCGCAUAUCCUCGACCGAUCCACCACCAACUUUAGAGGAAGAACGGCGGCUGAAUGCGGAAUUCUUAUCUAGGGGGAAGGGAAAGCAGAAAUACCAUGUCGAUCUCGAAGAAGGAUCCGACGAGAGUGACGACCCCGUUCAUGUUGCAGAGCCCAUUUUAAUCGAGUCUCGACGUCGAGUGCCAAAAAGAUCGCAAAGCAAGAACUCACAAAUGCAGGAGUGCAUGGACAUAUUCAGAGGGAGUUUCACGAAGAACCAACAGCACACCCCACCGUCAGCAAAGAAAAGCAAGUCCGUAUCGAGCCCCGAGAAACCUGAGAAGAAUAGUGAAAGCGGGCAAAGCACUCCUUGAUCCGGCCUCCUGAAGGCUUUUCAUGUGGUUCAAGGAGGAGUCACGAAUGGAAUGGAUAUUGCAGCUGGAGCAACCUUGAAGCAAGCGUCAUCAGAUCUUCCUUUUUUUUUCCACGCAUCGAACACAACGUUUUUUAAAUUUCUCUGACUGAACUCG